AUACGAUAAUGUUUUUUACUUUAUGGAUACCUAUGAUGGCAGCGGAAGUCAGGGUAUCUAGAUGUAGAGGGCGGUAACUGCUGCUAGCAACGAGAAAUCAUGGCGCUGAACGCUGGGGUUGGUUGACGCAUUAUCAAGAUACCUAACAUAUUAAGGUCAUGUAGUAAUUCUUAGCAUGCCCUUGUAGCUUUUUUUAAAUGUUGAAUAAUAAGACCAUGACUACUUGCAUUAUUGUGGUAAUGUCAAGAGUAAUGGUUUCAUGUGCGAUGUCGAAAAGCAGAAGCAACACUUCUAAGAAGUAUCUGUAAAUUGAUGCUUUUAUCGACUGCUGUAGAGUUAAUGAUGUGAAAUAACUGCUAUAAUUGCUAUCAGAAAUCAAAACAGGUAAAGCUGGAUGUUUUUCCAAAAGUUGUAGAUCUUUUCUAUGAAUUUGAUUAACAAAUAAAAGUCUUUAGGCAUACACAUUGCAAGGAAAAGACGAAAAGAGGGGACGACUUAAAUGCCAUGAAAUAGGUCCAGGCUUAGAACGGUUAUAACACUACUACUACGUUUUCGAGGUAAAAGAAUCGAUCACAUUCAACGACAUACACUAUCAUAAUAUAGUGGAAAUAUAUCUUGCUUUUAUGAAAUAACUUUGGACACCUAACUUUUAAUCACACACUUGCAUGAAUAUUGAAAUACCCUCCCACAAACACCUCGACCCCCAUGCACAAUGAAAGCAGCUUUUAGAAAAUAUAACCGCCAGCCUGCAUGAUUCUAGUAAGAAAUGGUAUUCAUGAAAGCAAUGUAAAUAUUGCAUAUUAUCAUAAAUGUUCAUAGUUUGUCAUGUUUCAGGUGACAGGAUAACAAGAGAUAGUGGAAAAUCAGGGAAAACAUGAAAAUAAAAUGAACACCAUGUCACAAUGCUUGUGCUUAGUUUUUGUCUGUUUCUGGACUUUUUGGGGUACAAUUUUGGCACUAGAUGUACUUCCUCAAAAAGAAAAGUACCUACCAGACUACAACUUCUACCAUAACAUAUCACAGACAGAAAAAGACUUAAAGAGCAUUGCAUUACUUUAUCCUGACUUUGUACGCAUUGAAUGGAUGUAUCGUUCAAGGAAUGAUGCACCUCAGCUCGUGACACACAUAACAAAUUUCUCCUUACCCUUUUUUGAUGAAUCUCCUAAUGAAGGCUUAGGUUAUAGAAAAAUCCUGUCCCCAAAAGUUCUUGUUUUGUUUUCAUAUGGGGAGCAUGCUAGAGAAUUUUUUCCUGUAGAAAGCUGUUUUCACUUGCUGAAAAAUCUCACAGAUGGUCUGAAGGCAAAAUUAGGCAGCUAUGAAGAAACAUUUACAAGGUCUGUUCUGAGGCGGUUUGAUAUAUAUGCCAUUGUUAUGGCUAAUCCAGAUGGGAGGAGUUAUAUAGAGUCAUCACAGAACUUUUGUUGGCGUGGGACUAGCAGGGGUGUGGAUUUAAAUCGUAAUUUUGAUUGGCAGUUUGCUAAAUCAGGCAGCUCCAAUGAUCCUGAAGAUGAAGAAUACAGAGGACCCUUACCUUUCUCAGAUACUGCUUCUAAGACCAUGAGGCGGAUCCCUUAUAACAACCAUCACAUGGAGAUGCUAAGUACCAGACUUUCAAGUGUCACACAAUAUCGGUUCAAAUUUGGGAAAGCAUAUGAUCUCAACUUGUACCCAGCAGAUGGCACAAUCUUUGACUACAUGGCUGGAGUUCAACAGAUUCCGUUUUCUCUAGCAGUUGAGUUGUGGGGUAAUGAGGAGCACACAGGGCUAAGCUGUUUUGAUGAGUUCAAUCCUCCUAGCCACAAUUUACAGACUGAGGUGGAAGCCAUACAUCCACUUUACGUUGAACUUUUUUCCUACCUGGAUUUUUGGAAACAACAGCAAACACAGAACGCUGAUUCACUUUAUGUGAACGAAGUGCCAUCAGUUAUGAUUAGUGGCAUCCUUGUGGUUGCUGUCAGCAUACUUUGUGCGAUUCUAGUUGUGCUAUAUUGCUGGAAUAUCUGCAGGCCAAUUAUGUGCAUCGUUAGUUGUAAAAGGCUUUUCUCAAAGUUAAGGUUAAAGAAUUUUAUCAGAUAGCACGACAGGGCUGUUGUGUGCUUUACACAAGAGAAAUGUUACAAUUGUUGCAUAUUUUAUAGUAUCAAAAGGGUAUUUUUUUCAAAUUUCAUGGUUUCCUAAUAAAUUGUGGAAAUCUUA